AUGACAACUGAGUUUUUAAACUCGCAAUUUUCGUCGCUGGACGAUCUUGCUAAUAUUGACUCCAUUGUGAGUGCUUUGGAAGAAGAACGUACUCAAUUGAAGGCCAUUGCUUCUUCCUCCACGCAUCAUUCCGACGAAUCGCGACAUCUGCUCGUACUCGUUUCUGACCUUGUUGCUAAGAACGACACCCAGCAGAGUUUGCGUGAGAUAGAUUCUCUGAUAGCUCAGUAUGGUCCGCUGUCGCUUUUUUCCGGAGUUAGACCACAGCUUAUAAAAAGACUCGAGCUACAAGAAUCCAAUUCUGUACAACAGCAUGCCAAAUCGAUCCAUACAAAGCUCGAAACGCUUCAGACCAGUCAAGUGAAGUCUCAAACCCAGUUCGAUGAGAUAACGGGUGCUCUGAAAGUUAUUGUGGCUGAAAUAGAUUUGUUGAUUCAAUCAUCAGUGGCAGAUUCUGUCAAGCCAGAGCUUUCAAAGUGUGUUGCUCAGCUUACUGAGCUAGUAUCUGAAGUCGUGCUGCCUUUAAAGGAGUUUGCCACUGAUUCUUUGGCAGAAACCAUACGAAAGGAAGGUCUUUGGAAGGAUAUUCACUCAGUUUCUGCCAAAACCUCUAAGACUGUGGUGGAUGGCUUGCAUGCCUUGCUGGUUUGCCAAUCGAUAGACAUCAUGUAUCGAAAUGCUGUUUACCCGCAAUCUCUGUGGGCUUUUGACGUCCUAGCCCAGGAUUUCAGAAACAGGUUUGUGUAUCACUUUGAGGGAAAGGGAGAGACAAAUAGGCUCGAUAAGCCAGAAUGGUGUUUGAACUACUUUGAGACAUACUUGGAGCAGCAUUUGAAGUUGACGACAUUCCUGCUCUCUAACUGCUUAAAAGACACACCGUACGAGUCAGAGCCCUUUGCGUAUCUCUUCAUCACCUCAUUGCUUGUUCCUGUGAGACAAAAAUUGGCCGCGGAUCUUUCGGUAGUUGUUAGUCAUAAGAGAAACCUAUCGCACCUGGUUUUUGAACUUCAGCAAUUUGACCAACGUUUGAAAUCUACGUACAAGUUCAGACCACCAUUCGCACACCAUUGGCUUGGUCUGACAGGCGAUCUAGUGCUUUUCAACGAGCAGGUAUUUGAGGUUUGGAUAAGCAACGAAAAAGAUUUCGUUUCAGCAAGAUAUGACGAGAUCGUGAAUAUGUCAGACGCAUUUGCCAUUGAUCGCGAUGCAGUGGAGUCCAAUAAAACUAAGCCCACCAAGUCUGCUCUCAAUCUCAAGACUUUGAUCGAGAGCAUCACCAAGACCUACGAGAAUCUGGCUCUAAAGCACCAGCUCAAAUUCCUGAGUGAGGUCCAGCUUAAACUGUUGAACUUCUACUAUGAAAAGCUUCAGAGCGGCAGAGACGCUUUUGAAACCCGAAUUCUCAAAGAAAGACAGCAAGAAGGUCAUAUUACGCCAUUGGAACGUGUGUGUCGUAUCUGGUGCUCAUUGAAGUUUAUGGUGGAAGCAAUGGAGACCUGGGGCGAACAGCUGGUUUUUGUUCAGCUCUGGAGUUCUCUCAAUGUUAAGAAGAAGUCUCAGUUGACUCAAUCCACUGGAUUGGCCGCUGCUAGAACUGCUAUUUUAGAGAUGGCCUCUUCCAUCUCCUCAAAUCUCGGCACACUGACGCCGCCAGCUGAAAGUUCCGCUGAUGAAAUUCUGUCACAGACGUUUUUUGACUCAAUAAUCAAGCAUUACACAGCACUAUUGGCCAGGAUACAAAAAGACCUGGUCACUUUGUUUGACAGAGAAAUCAACAACUCUAUGCGCGACUAUUUCGCAAUCAAUUCAUGGUCUACCACAUCUUCUUUGAAGAAUUCUUACUCCACCGAACUCACGAAAACCAUUGUGACUCUUUCGAGAGACCUUACAUUCGUCAAAACGACAUUUUGCUCAUCGGACUAUCUGUUUGUUCUAUCGCAUGUGUCGAGCGUUCUGGCCAAGUAUAUUGACACAAACAUCAUCCGGGUCGGAAGAUUCAACCCCCUUGGCGGUCAGCAGUUGCGUCUAGAUGUUACUAGUCUCUGGGAACAACUGGGUCUUCCCCAGACUUUUGACUACAGUCGUUUAGUCCAGGCGUGUAGUGUACUUGCUGAUCCGAGCCCUGAGAGAAAUGCUGCCGAGUUCAAGUCUAGGCUGGGACUCGAUUCACUGGAAACGAGGUAUGUGGACGAGAUUUUAUUGCGCAAGGUGAGGUGA